CAUGCGUAGAAAUAAAAACACCGGAAGUGAUGCCACUACAAGCGCUUUUGGUUUAGUGCGCGUGCGCAGGGAGUUGUUCCGGCGUGUAGGUUGCGUAAAUGGUGGAGAAGAAAACUUCUGUUCGCUCCCAGGACCCUGGCCAGCGGCGGGUGCUGGACCGGGCAGCCCGGCAGCGUCGGAUCAACAGGCAGCUUGAGGCCUUGGAGAAUGACAACUUCCAGGAUGACCCCCAUGCAGGUCUUCCCCAGCUCGGCAAGAGGCUGCCUCAGUUUGAUGAUGAUGCAGACACCGGAAAGAAAAAGAAGAAAACUCGCGGUGAUCACUUUAAACUUCGCUUCCGGAAAAACUUUCAGGCCUUGCUGGAGGAGCAGAACUUGAAUGUGGCCGAGGGCCCCAACUACUUGACGGCCUGUGCAGGGCCCCCUUCCCGGCCCCAACGCCCUUUUUGUGCUGUGUGUGGCUUCCCCUCCCCGUACACCUGUGUCAGCUGUGGUGCCCGCUACUGUACCGUACGCUGUCUGGGCACACACCAGGAAACCAGGUGUCUAAAGUGGACCGUGUGAGCCUAGUGUCCCUGGAGAGGAAGGGCCUCAGUCCACCACCAGCCUCUGAAGAGUAUGACCAAAAGGGGUGCCCCCAGACUGAGGGAGGAGCUGCUCACUUACCUGCAAAGCUGUGUCCUGCCCUGGCAGGCCAGACUUCCUCAGGAACUGUGGGCAGGGUGGACCAGCCGCAAAGCACUGUGGGAAUAAAAGGCCUGGUGCCAGGAGCCUGUCUGCUUGGUUGUGGGGGUUUUGGGGUGUCUCUUCCUUUGAUCUGCCAUUCACCCCUCCCAUUGUCUGCCCCUUGGUGUCCCUUAUCAGGAGAUUUUGUCCCAUUCUGCUGCCACUCCCACAGCUUAUCUCUGCCUCUCCUAGCUACUGCGUCAUGUCUUUUGUGGUUAUUGAUCUAGGUUUGUUUUUUUUUUUUUCCUUUUUAUGUCUUUGAGUGUUUUCAAAGUACAGCCAGAUUCCUGGGUGACUGGGAAGUAGGGUGAGAACUGGGAAACAGCCAGAGAAUGAUGCUGCAGAAGGAGCCAGGUCUGUCUUUGUCAUCUGGUAUUUAACCAAAUGGUUCCUUGUCCAUGUGCCACUGGUCUGAGGGAGGAGUAGUCCUUAGGAAGCCUCUGUUGCCAGGGCUGGUGGUGUGUGGACUCCAGAAGUUUCUGCAAAGCACAGGAGGAGUCCUGUCCUUGGUGCCCCUUUGAUACUAGACCUUCUCAGACUCUCAUUUGUCAAGUGGGUAGAAGGAUGUAAUCUCAUAGGCUCCUUUGAGUCUUUGGUUAAGCACUUAGCAGAGCAGGGACUUUGUAUUUGUUGAGCAAAUGAACUUAAAAUAUUAAUGAGGUGUAGC